AUGCAAGCUUCUCAGAACCCCUGGGCUCCACCUGCCCAAACAAGCAACGUGCAAAACCCAACUGGCCAAGUCCAUACCAAUACUGUAGAUGUUGGCCAAGCUAUACAGCAAGCACUUGAUCGGCAAGCUGCUAAGCAUUCCGAAGAAAUGUCAAACCUAGCAAAGCGGUUCGAAGCAAAACUCCUCGGCAAACAAAAAGGAACAUCAUCGAAGAAGAAGAACCCGACAAGCACCCAAGCCAACCAACCCAGCACCUCAACCUCCUCGAAGGGGAAGCAAAGCACUGUCCCUAAGGCCCCACCAGUUUCCACCCCUCGAAGAUUCGAUCAAGCUGCUUCUGCCCCACCUCAGAGUGUCAACGUUACCCCAAAGAACAAAUCGAAGGGACCUCUCAAGUCUGUCAGGGAGACCAUCGCCGAAUCCAAAGGACAAUCACCAAAACGACAUCCUCAACAGAUGCAGACUGGAGACUUUCCACCGGAGUUCACCACGACAAAGAAUGCGAUGUUUAUUCACAUUAAGAUCCUUUGGGGUCUUCUCAAGCAAUCAUCUGUCCCAAAGGCUCCUGAAUUACGAGACCUUCAAGAAUUCUACAACAAGUUUUCAAACGAUGACCAAGUCAAAAAUGCGGCUUCGUCGACUAAAUCUCCUGCUAUCAUCAACUCGAGCGAAGUUCAAUGUUUCAAGGAUGUUCAAGCUGGCCGGAUCAAACUGGGAAAAUCGGUUAUCCACAUCCCAGACAACCAGGUUCGGUAUGCUCGUGGACUUCUGACCCGACUUGGACUUCGAGUUUGGUGCCCUAACCUUGAAGAGGACGGAUCGUCUCUGUACAAUGCAGCUUGUCGCAUUGCGGCCAUCACUACAUUUCAAGAAAUGGCUGUUUCGCAUGCAUACGAUUAUCUCAACAUCAACCCAAAGAUGGUAACUGCGACCGAUCUCCUUAUCCAAGCAUACAACCACUACGUCCACUUUGUUAUAUUUAAGAACUACAACAAAGAAAAGAAGGAAAGUGGAAAGAUACAGAAGGACUCCGAAAAACGAAAACAUCAAAAGAAUCGAGAACGUUUGAGAGAUGACCGAGUCGCAUUUGCAACGGCAAACAAGCUUCCUGGGCGCUACAUCGAGAUAAUGCAACCAGUCGGUGCCCACAGCGAUGACGAGGAAUCCGAAAAGGGGAAAUUCUGGAAGAUCAAGACUCUCCCUUAUCGUUCAGCAAACGUUGGAAAGAUGAUGGAUUCAUACAUCCAAGAACCUAACCACAAGCGUCGAGUUCGUCGAUUGCCUAAAGAACCGAUCAUUUCCAACUUCAAGGUGGCACCAAAGGGACUUGCUCUCGACUUCUAUGAUCCGGAAUGGUUCAAGAAGCUAUCUCCGGCUCAACAAAACACAAUUCCGAACCGUAGUAAAGCUGCUCUUCUACCUGACGCAAACGAGUCACUCCUGCCCAAAGGCCAAACUCAUCAGCACGAAAAGUUGGCAGACAGCACCUUUAACCGAAUCUAUGUGGAUAUUCACGCUUCUGCUUACGCACUUCCCGGUGGAGAAGAGGACGAGGCUUCAUCUAGCGAAGAGAACGACGGUGAAGAGGAGGAUGAUGAAGGGGAAGGAGUUGACGACUCUGAUUCUUCCGAUGAUGAAUUUUUUGAAGAAGGUGAUGCUGGAAAUCUUUACGAUCCACCAGCAACUUUCACUAACAAUGAAGAAGUCGAUGAUGAUGAUGAGGAGGAGGAGGAGGAGGAGGAGGAGGAGGAGGAAGAAGAAGAUACCAAUGGUGAGAUUAUAGGGGCUGUUCACGAUGACGAUUAUGAUGAGGAAAUGUAUGGAGUCGAUGGAGAGGCACAAUGGUCCUAA